AUGAAUCUUAGAUUCGAGCUUACCAGAUUUUUAAACCUAUGCUUCGUGCUUUCUUCAGCUUUUAUGUUCUGGAAGGGGCUCUCACUGGCCACUAAUUCACAUUCCCCAAUAGUGGUGGUGUUGUCAGGCUCAAUGGAGCCUGCAUUUCAAAGAGGCGAUGUCUUGUUUUUAUGGAAUAGAAAUCAGAGAAGCAGAGUCGGUGAUGUGGUUAUUUACGAAGUUGAAGGUAAAUCAAUUCCCAUCGUCCACAGAGUAAUGAGGGAACACCACAGUGAGAAGAAUAAUAAGCAGUUGCUUUUAACAAAAGGUGACAAUAACGCAGGUAAUGAUAUUCCCCUGUAUGCAAAUAAAAAUAUCUAUUUGAAUAAGCAGAGUGACAUUGUAGGAACUGUAAAGGGUUACAUUCCUCAGAUCGGUUACAUAACCAUUUGGAUCUCGGAAAACAAGUAUGCUAAAUUCGCUAUGAUGGGUCUUUUAGGUCUCAGCUCAUUGAUGAGUAAUGAAUGA